AACGACGCUGUAUUAACAAUCUGGUCGCUUCUAUUAUCGUUAGGGUUAGGGUUUUUAACGGUUCAAGCGGUGCCACAGCUCUCCAUAGCCAGAGGAGAAAACUCUGUUUUACAGGGGUAAACAAGAGUCGAUUUUAGGCCAUCGAACCAAAAGAGUUAUGUCCAAGAAGAACAGCUUAGCUCGUAGAAAGAGACAGUACGAAUUUGAUCUACGAAGAGAGAAAGAAGAGAAAGAAAAGAAGGUCAAGAAGCUUGAAGCUAAGAAGAAUAAGAUGAAAGUUGAUGGUAGUGGGAAGAAAAAGAAAGGUGCUGGUGGGUUUCAAGUAGGCAAGAGGAAAGUGAAGACCAAGUUGACGGCAGUGACGAAAGCUAAAGUUGCCCAGGCCAUGGAGCUGGACAAAUGAUCUUUGUGCUCAAAUUUCUGUAGAACUUUCUAACUUCUGGCAAAAAAACUCUGCAUUCCUGUUAAUUUUUCUUACCUUGUAAUUUAAGUGCAAAAAGUAGUUUUGCCAUCCUAAGCCAAUUUUGAUUACGAAGACAAAGCUUAUGUAUUAGCCUUCAAUUUUUAGGUUUGACAUCAUGCAGUUGUGAUCGUAAAAACAGAUUGUGACAGUACCGAGACGGGGAAGUAAAUGGCAACUCAAGACCAUACACAGUUCAAUCAUCAUAACUGCAUGAUGUCUUAAAUUGAAAACAUCAUGCAGUUGUGAUGAUUGCAUUGUAUACCGGGAUAGGGUCACAAUUUUACUUACUUAUCUCACUAGUGUCGCAGCCAGUUUUUACCAUCUCAUAUCGUUUCUGAUUUCAUCCUUAAUGAAAAUAACUGUGUUGGCUCCGAGUGCUGUCAA